AUGGAAGCUUAUUCCACCACCUCUUAUCAUACAUCUAAGUCUCAAAGUAGUUCACUACUCAACUCCGUGAGAAAACCACAAGCUAAACCAUGGAAGAAAACUUCAGUCAUAGCUCCACAACCAUCAACAGCUAUUAGGGUUUAUGAGGUGGAUGUUAUGAAUUUCCGAAAGCUUGUUCAACAGCUAACCGGUGCACCGGAAUUCAAGCCUCGUCGUCAUCAUCAUCAACAAUUUGUUAAUAAUACAUCGAUAACUCCAAUAGUUUCAACUGAUUGGAACAAAGGGGUGCAGUUUCAUGAGGAGAGUAGUGAUAAGACAAAGCAACAAGGUUUGUUGGAGUUGAAUUUGUCGUCGCCGUCUUCUUAUAGUUGGUAUUCUUCUAUGUGA